AUGUCUAUUUUUUUAGGACAUUUAUUUAUAAUAUCCUUUUUUAAUGCCUCAAUGCUUGAUAGAGCAGUAUCAACAACCAUUAGUCACUUAUUGAAAAGUCCAUUUUGUAUACAUCCUGAUACAGGUAGAGUAUGUGUUCCAAUUUUACCAGAAACUUGUGAUGAUUUUGAUCCAUUAAGCUCACCAACAGUUAGACUGUUGAUUGAUGAAUUGGAAAGAGCACAUGCUAUACAUCCAGUUACAAAAGGUAAUUAA